CCAUUCUCCUCCCAUCUCAAUAUACACUAAUACACUUCUUAACUUCCAUCUCUAUACAUCUCAGCUACUUCCCUGCGUUCGAUUCGUCGGUUAAUUAACGCAUUUCCACUGAUCAUUAAUGGCGGCCGUCUCCACAGUCUCCAUGCUCGACUCCACCAUGGAAGUUGAUAAGCUCACUAACCAAAUCUUCUCCAUUCUUGAGAACAAAUUUCUUUUCGGAUGUGACGAUCCCAUUCAGAUGGCGCCGUCGGUUGCCGGCGCCGGAAAGAGCCUUGAGACCGGAAAGGUUCGAGUGCUGUCCAUUGAUGCCGGCGGAUCCACCGACGGAGUCCUGGCCGCGAAAUCCUUGGCGCAUUUGGAAGAGAGCCUUCGCCGGAAAUCCGGGAAGGCGAAUGCGCACAUUGCCGAUUUCUUCGACGUCGUGGCGGGCUCCGGCGUCGGAGGCGUCCUCGCCGCCUUGCUUUUCACCCGCAGGAAGGACGGCGGGCCGCUUUUUACGGCCGAAGAGGCUCUCAGAUUCAUCGUCGAUAACGGCCGUAAAAUUUCCCGCGCGGAACCGGCCCGGAUUUUCCGGAGGUCGUUCAAACCGUCAAAGGCGUUUAAGAAAGUCUUUGGAGAUUUAACUUUAAAGGACACUCUAAAAGCCGUUCUCAUCCCCUGCUAUGACCUCACCACCGGCGCCCCAUUCCUGUUCUCACGCGCCGACGCGCUGGAAAUGGACGCGUGCGAUUUCCUUAUGGCCGACGUUUGCGCCGCAACCGUAGCUAACCGUGCGCUGGAACUUAAGUCGGUGGACGGCAGAACCAAGAACUCCGCCGUCGGCGGCGGCGUCGCCAUGAACAACCCCACCGCCGCCGCCCUCACCCACGUCCUCAACAACAAGCACGAGUUCCCUUUCUCCGUCGGCGUCGAAGAUUUGCUCGUCGUGUCUUUGGGAAACGGCGAAUCGGACUCCAUUACCGGAAAUCUGAAGACAUCCCCUGCAUCUUUCGUUAAUAUCGUCGGAGACGGAGCUGCCGACAUGGUAGAUCAAGCUAUAUCAAUGGCUUUUGGAGAGUCCGGGAGCAAAAGCAACUACGUCCGGAUUCAAGGCCACGGAAUAUUGGGGAAGAAGAAGGAGAGGAAAAUGGAGUCGUCGGCGAGCAUUGCAGAGGAAAUGCUGGCACAGAAGAAUGUGGAAUCAGUGCUAUUCCAAGGGAAGAAGCUCGCCCAGAGUUCAAAUCUGGAAAAGCUGGAUCUGUUCGCCGGCGAAUUGGUGAAGGAACAAGACCGGAGAAAAACCAGUGUUUUACCGGUCGUCGUUUUGAAACAAGCGUCGGCGGCAUCUCCGAGGACAUCUUCCGCCACCACACUAUCCUCAAUUUCUUCGUGUUAAAUUAAUUAUUCACAUCUUACCUACAUUAUUAUUAUGGAAUAUUAGGUAACUAAUCAAAUAUUAUAUUAUAUUAAAUAUUAGUAACUAUCCCAUAUAUCCUUUAGAGUAGGUUAGAGUAUGGAGUUUGGUCCACCAAUUCAAUGGACACUGAGUCAAGUUGAGUCGAGUUAAGUUUGCUGCCACUCGAGAUGAGCAUAAACAUCCGAGUUAGUGCUGAGCUAGUGAUAAAUCUCUUUGUUUUUUGUUGUCAAGGUUUGCCUUUGUCUUUCUUUUUAUUUUUUACUUUUUUUUUUUUGGGAUUGGGUUGCUCUCUAAUUGUUAAAUGUAAAUUAGAGAUGAGUGUUGAUGAAUAUGUAUAUGGUCUCUCUUGAAGUUAAGAGAGAAUUUGUUUAUGGCAUAUAUAUAUGCUAAGUUUGAUGAUUGAAAUUUAUUAAUCUUGGUAAAUA